AUGUCCCCCAACAACAAUAACAACAAAGACACCAAACAAGAGGGAGGAGGAGGGGAGGAACCUCACCAAUACCAAUCCGGCAACCGCACCGAUCGCCCCGAAGACGAAUGGAAGUUCCGCGCGCCGUACAAGAUCCACGACAAGGGCGAAGACUUUCAGGUCAAGUGGCGGGGGAAGUGCCAUUGCGGGGCGGUGCAGUAUGAGUUGAGUAGGGAGAAGCCGUUGGCGAGCAAGUAUUGUCAUUGUACGACUUGUCAGCGGAUGCAUGGGGCCCCCUUCCAAUGGGCAGCCAUCUUCCACAAGUCCGACAUCAACUUCACCAACGGCCACCACGAUCUCGGAUGGUACGACCCAACCGCCAAGUCGACAACACACCACCUGCCAUGCAAGGUGCAAUGCGCCUACUGCCGCACGCCCAUCAUGGACGAAGGGCGCAACAUGAUUUUGUUGUUCCCUACCCUGAUUGAAGGGAUUAAUUCCCCAGAGGGGAAAAAAGCGUUUGAAGUGCAGAGUCACAUGUUUUACCCGCAGAGGGUGGUGGAUAUCAAGGAUGGAAAACCUAAAUUCAAGGGACUGGCGGAUGAAACUAAUUUGGUGGAUGAAGAGACGGGGGAGGAGGUGGUGGGGAGUAAUCCCAAGGAGAAGGAGAAGAGAAAGAGGGAGGAGGAGGAGGGGAAGGAUGGGGAGGGGGAUGGGGAGAAAGGAGAAAAAAGGGAGAAGAAGAAGGAUGAGUGA